CUCUUAUUACCAUUACCUAAUACCAUUACCAUCGGUAUCUCUUUAUCGCAGCGAGGCUCUCCGCGCUCACGCGAAAAACUCCCUGCCACCAGACAAUCUUCACCGUUGAAAUUAAUCGCCCCCACCAUCGCUGAGCACUACGGCCGAACAGGUUUCAAUUAUUACUUAUAAAGUAUUGACAAAUCUUACAUUACGGUAAUUUCCUCCUCAAUUAAAAUCCUGUGGUAUUAUAUUGUGAAGUGUAGUGUACCAUUCCAAUUCCCAUUCUCAUUCCAUUCCCAUUCCCAUACUAUUGCCUUCCCAUUAUACCUUCCCUUACAUAUCCAUCUCAACCCCAUCUAAAUCAUGUCCGACGAUCAACCAUUAAAAUCAUCCAUCAGUUCAUCUCUGUUACCAAUUAACACCAGCUUAUCGUCGGAUGGAAUUCAUAAUAAUCAUAAUCAUAAUCAUAAUACAAAUGUAAAUGUAAAUGUAAAUUUAGCUACAAGUAGUAGUAAUAAUAGUUUAUUAGUUGAUGGAAUUAGACUGGAUACUGAAUCAUUUAUUGAAAAUGAAUUACUUGAAAAGAGAAAUUUAAUUGAAGAAUUAAUUAGUAAUAAUAAUACUGGUAAAGAAGGAGAUUUAUGGUAUCUUAUAUCAACAAAAUAUCUUAAUGAUUUUAUUAAUUUACAAGUAUCAUCAUUUGAUGAAUUAAAAAUUAAUUUAGGUCCCAUAAAUUGUUCAGAUAUUAUUGAUUCUCAUGGAAAUUUAUAUCCUGAAGAUGAUGAACCAGUAGGAACUUAUAAUAUAUCUCCAGAAAUUUUUAAUUAUCUUUGUCAAUGGUUUGGAAUUGAAGGUGAUCCAGUAAUUAGAUGUCUAAUUGUUAAUCCUGAAACUGGUACAAAGGAAGUUGAAAGGUAUCCUCCGAUCUUUUAUGUUCAUCAAUUGGGUAAAAAGCAAAAUCAAUCAUAUUUUAAUAAUCGUCACGCUAAUAAUUCUUAUAGUCAUCAUAAUCAUAAUCAUCAUAAUAAUCAUAAUAAUAAUGUAAUUCAUAAUAAUAAUAAUAAUAAUAAUAAUAAUAAUAAUCAUAAUUCUCAUAAUUCUCAUAAUAAUGGUCCUUAUCCUAUAACCAUAUCAAGAACCAAAAAAUUUCUGGAUUUACUUGAAUUAAUUCGAAUUAAUAUCUUAAGAUCUCCCAAAAUCUCCACUAUAAAUGAUUUUAGAAUUUGGUUUAUUGAUUGUAAAAAUGAUGUACCACAAACUAUAACUAUUAGUAAUUUUAUUAAUGAUAUCACUAGUAAAAGUGUCGUAAAUCCGGCACUUUUAAAUGAUACAUUAAAAUCUCAAGGUAUAAAUUCUACUUCAUAUCAUAUAUUAAUUGAAUUAAAGGAUCCUAUUAGUAAAAUUUAUCCUAUUGAUAAUCAUAUAAAAUCAAUUAAUUUUGAAUUAUUUGAUUUUGAUAAAGUCUUAUCAAAAAGUGGACAUUUAGGAUUAUCAAAUCUUGGUAAUACAUGUUAUAUGAAUUCUGCUUUACAAUGUUUAUUACAUGUACCAGAAAUUAAUUAUUACUUUUAUUAUAAUCUUUAUAAACAAGAAUUAAAUUUAGAUAAUCCUUUAGGUAAUCAUGGAGAUAUAGCUAAUGUAUUUGGGAAUUUAUUAAAACAAGCAUUUGAUAUAAAUCCCACUAAAUCUUCAUCAAGUAGUUCAAACACUGGUUCUGGUUCAAUAUCACCACGAGAAUUUAAAUCGACCAUUGGUAGAUAUUCUUCAAUGUUUUCCGGUUAUUUACAACAAGAUUCUCAAGAAUUUUUAAGUUGGUUAUUAGAUGCUCUUCAUGAAGAUUUAAAUCGAAUUCAAAAGAAACCAUAUUGUGAAAAACCCGAAUUAAAAGAUGAAGAAAUUAAUGAUCCUCAUGCUAUUGUUAAAUUAUCAGAUACUUGUUGGAAUCAACAUAAAUUACGUAAUGAUUCGGUAAUUGUGGAUUUAUUUACUGGUUUAUAUCAAUCAACUUUAGUAUGUCCUGAUUGUUCCAAGACUUCUAUAACUUUUGAUCCAUUUAAUGAUGUAACUUUACCAUUACCUAUAAGUAAAAAAUGGUAUCAUACAUUUACAAUUGUUGAUUUAUCUGAACCAGGAUUAUCAUUACCCCAAAGAAUUAUGAGAUUAGAAGUGGAAUUAAAUAAAACUUCAAAUUUUGAUGAUUUAUUAAAUUAUGUAAGUAAAUUCUUAUCAGUCCCCUCCAAUCAAUUAUUUCUUUAUGAAAUCUUUAGAAAUUCUUUCUAUGCAGAUUUUCAACUUGAUCAUCAAAAGAAUAAAUUCUUACCUAUAAGUGAUAUUAUAAGAGAUACUGAUGAAGUUCAUAUUUAUUAUAUACCUCAUGAUCCAGAAUUAGAUAUAAUUAUCCCCGUAUAUAAUUGUGUUGAAGAUCCUGAUAAAUCUUAUAAAAUGAUGGAUUCAUUUGGAAUUCCAUUAUUUGUAACUUUAAAUAAAGAAAUUGAUACACUAAGUUUUGGAACUAUUCGAAAUAAAUUACAACAUAUAGUGGGAGUUUUAUCAACUAUUAAUAUUACUGAUGAAUAUAAUAAAAUUAAACAAACAUCUGAUGGAUAUAUUGAUAAGAAAUAUUAUUCUCGUAAUGAUUUCCCAGCCUUAAUUCAACAUCCAAGUAGUAAUGAUUCUAAACUUGAAAGUGAAGAAAUUAUAGAUGAUGAUAAUGAUAAUGAUGAAGGAUAUAAUUCCGAUAUUUCAUUGGCUAAUCCUUAUGUAGGAGCUGAUUUUGGAUUUACUAUUAAAUAUAGUAAAGAUCAUUCUAAUAAACCAAAUACAAAUUUUCGGAAUCGACUUAAUCUUCGAAGUAAUGCAAACAAUAUUAAGGCAUCUAAUAGAUUUAUUAAUGCUCCACUUCAUAAACCAAAUUUUAGUGAAUUUAAAGAAUUAUCCACUAAAUUACCUGAUCUUAAAAGAAAUUAUUAUCAUUAUCCAACUUAUGAUAGUAAACUUGAUCAAGAAAUGCUUGAAUUAGCUGAAGAGGUUAAUAAGGAUCUUUUAGCUCAAGCGAAAACUAAUAUAUCUUCACCUAAUUCUGAUUCAACUACUACAAGUAGAACUAAUGAAGAAGAUGGAUUUGUACUUGUAGAUAAUUCUAAAGAUCAUACUAAACAACCACCUCCAUUACCUCCUAGAAUUUCUGUACCUCAACAAUUAAAUCUGUCUGAUGAAGAUACUGAAAGUGAACCAGCUUUAGGAAGUUUAUUUGAUUCAACUACUACUUUACCAUUACAUACCCCAUAUUCUGAAUCUAUAAAACCUUCAACUGCCAAUUCUCCUAUAGAACCAGAAUCAACCGUAGCAUCACCUAAAAAUGAUAUUAAUUUAAAUCAUCCAACUUUAGUUAAUAAAGAUACGAUUUUAUUAUGUCAUUGGGAUUAUGAAAUAUAUCAACAAUUAUUUGAAAAUGCCGAAUUUCAAACUUGGAAUAAUAUUAGAACUAUUCCAAAUAUUGAAUUAGAAAAGAGUAAAGCAAAAUUUGAGAGACAAAGAAAGGCUAAAGUUUCAUUAUAUGAUUGUCUUAAUACUUUUAGUACUCCAGAAAUUUUAGGUGAACAUGAUUUAUGGUAUUGUCCUCGUUGUAAAGAUCAUAAACGAGCCACUAAAACCAUUCAACUUUGGUCAACUGGUGAUAUAUUAACUAUACAUUUAAAGAGAUUUCAUAGUGCUCGAGCAUUUAGUGAUAAAAUUGAUAUGGUGGUAGAUUUCCCCAUUGAAAAUUUAGAUAUUUCACCAUAUAUAUCUAAUCCUGAAACGGGGAAUAAUAUUUAUGAUUUAAUUGCAGUAGAUAAUCAUUAUGGAGGUUUAGGCGGUGGACAUUAUACUGCAUCAGUAAAGAAUUUCCGAGAUGAUAAAUGGUAUUAUUUUAAUGAUAGUAGAGUUACAAGAAUUGAAAAUCCGGAAGAAAUUGUUUCAAGUGCUGCUUAUUUAUUAUUUUAUAAGCGAAGAAAUACCAAUAGUCAGUUUUUAGGGGGUGAAAAAUUAAAUCAAUUAAUUUCUAGUGGUAUAGAAGUUAGUAAAAAAUCUCUAGUUAAGAAGAAGGCCGGUUUAGAACUGGUUAAAAAGCAAAUUGAAGAAUAUGCUGUAUAUGAAGAACAAAUUAAGAAGGAGCUUGAAUUAGAUCGAGAAAUAGAGGAGAGAAAAUUAAGGGAUGCCGAGAAAGGUAAUAAUGCCGAAGAUGAGGAAUUUGAAGAGGAUGAAGAAGAUGAUGAUGAUGAAAAUGAAGAUGGGAGUGCAGAAGCAGAAGUAGAAGCAGAAGCAGAAGUUGAUGAACUGACUGUAACCAAGAAAUCUCGAUCUUUUGAAAAUACUAAGUCAUCAUCAGGUUUAACUAUCAAUACAGGUGGUAGUUUUAAUUUUGAUAAUGAUGAAGUUGAUUAUGAAUAUGAUGAAGAUAUUGAAAAUAUUCGCAAACAACGAUUAAUAUCUAAAGAAAAGAAUGCCAAUAAAUUAGUUCAAAUUAAAGGGAAUGGUAAAGAAGAAGUUGCAUCUUCACCAAUUUCAUUAUCUGAAUAUGAUGAUACUGAUAAUCCUCUCAAUUCUUUAGAUUGA